AUGUUCUCCGCCAUGAAUACCACUUGGCCGCCCGUCCCGCCCCCCGCAGGAACACAGGCCCAGUAUGGCUACCAGCAAGGUACACCAGCUUACCACACAGUCCAAGUCCGACAGUCCUUUGCCCCCCCUUCCAACUACGUGCAGCAACCACCUCUAGCCCAGAGGCCCAUAGGAACCCCUCAACCCGAGAAGAAAAAGGUAGCCUGGCCGCCGUCCGUCCGUCUCUACGUGCAGAGAUCAUUUGAGCAAGCCAAUCUCCUCGACGAUGUGACGCGACCAGAAAUGGAGGCGAAGCUGAAGCAGACAAUCACUGAAGCCACAGAGGCCGGCACGCUAGAGACAAUGGAUUGGGAAAAUCUACCUCUUCCACAGCACUUGAUCCGGAUCGACCGGGCUCAAGCUUCAGCUAUCUCAUGGCAGAUGGAGUCUCUGGAUGCGCGGAUUGGGGGAGUCGGGAAAGCCAACGUGCACAUAACUCCCACUUUAUCGAAGAAGCGCAAGUCACAGGAAAUGGGUGGAGAUGACAAUUCUAUGCCCCCUUGGCGCAACACUAACAACCGUAUCGAAGAUCGGAUCACCCAACGCAACCAGCCAUCCCAGGAGGAAAAAUUAAGUAAGUCCCAGAAGAACCUGGAGAAGCGGCUACGUCGAUUUGAUGGCGGAUACAAAUCUACCUACAAGCCAUCCCCAUCUCCCGAACCAAUAUCCGGCCCUGUGGUGGGAACUUGCAAGAUUCUCGAAAAGCAAUACUUCCGCCUCACCUCCGCCCCCAUCCCCUCGCAUGUCCGACCUGAGCCAAUCUUGAGACAAACACUAGAUCUGCUGAAGAAGAAGUGGAAGAAGGAGGGCAACUACUCUUACAUCUGCGAUCAGUUCAAAUCUCUACGACAAGAUCUUACCGUGCAACGUAUCAAGAACGAGUUCACCGUCAGCGUCUACGAGAUCCAUGCCCGGAUUGCCUUGGAGAAGGGGGAUAUUGGUGAGUAUAAUCAAUGCCAAACGCAACUUCGAGCUCUCUAUGCCCACGGUCUGGCAGGCAGUGAAGUCGAGUUCAAGGCAUAUCGUAUUUUGUAUUUCAUUCACACAUCUAACCGCACCGCAUUGAAUGAUGUGCUGGCGGAUCUAACAGCAGCAGAGAAAGAAGAAGAGGCCAUCAAGCACGCGCUUGGUGUGCGGUCGGCUUUGGCGUUGGGCAACUACCACAGAUUUUUCAGACUCUACCUCGACACACCCAACAUGGGCGCCUAUCUCAUGGACAUGUUCGUCGUCCGAGAGCGCCUCAUGGCUCUGUCAAGUAUUUGCAGAUCGUACAAGCCAGAUCUCAAGCUGAGAUUCAUCACCGAGGAGCUUGGUUUCGAGUCCGACAGCGAUGCGGUAUCGUUCAUCUGCGAAUACAACGGCCAGCAUCUUCUCGAAGAGAAGAAUGAAGAACUACGUUUCCUCGCCGGCAAGGCAGGCAAUAUCUUCGAGGUAGCCAAGUGUGAGGCAUUCCGAAAAAUCGACAUCAAGGGCCAAAUCUAA